ACAAAGCAUUCUUUUGACUCCAAUUCCCAAGUCCCCCUUCUCUUUUCACCUUUCUUCUCUCCGUCUGUCCAUCUCCCUCUUGGUCGCUUUCUCGAUAUCCAUUUUUCCCUCUCUUGAAAGCUUUCUCAUACCUUCCUCUGCUUUCCUUUUUUGCUUCUGUCCUUUCUCUACCAUAUAAAACUCCAAUUGACAGAAUUCAUCACCUUCCCUCAAUAAAAACCCCCACGUCUUUAUCACCGCCUUUAACAAAGUUCAAACGCAUAGGUCUACUGGUAAUAUUACUACUACCCCGCCCCCACUGCUCUGUUUUCACCACCUUAAUCAAGCCUCUUACUGUUUUUCUUUUCCCAAAACAAAAAUCUUGAGAAUGAAAACGUGCUUUUUUUUCUUUGGGUUGUCUGUUUAUCAGAAACACGAUAUGCUACUACUACUUCUAGUACCAUAUGUUGUGAAAGUAAAGUUCUGAAAUAACCAUUUUUCCUCAAACUUGAACCAUGGCUGAGAAGGACUCGGAAUUUUUCUCCCACAAAAUCCCCUCUUCUUUUCAGGUUGUGGAGGAAAUGAAGGAGCUAUGGUCAAUGGCUUUGCCUAUAACGGCCAUGAACUGCCUAGUCUACGUGAGAGCUGUGGUGUCAGUCUUGUUUUUGGGGCGGCUUGGCAGCUUAGAGCUAGCCGGUGGAGCCCUUUCAAUCGGCUUCACGAACAUCACCGGCUACUCCGUUUUAGUAGGCUUGGCUUCGGGGCUGGAGCCGGUUUGUAGCCAAGCCUACGGCAGCAAAAACUGGGAUUUACUAUCCAUCUCUCUCCAGCGUAUGAUCUUCAUUCUUUUCUUGGCCAUUAUUCCAAUUAGUCUGUUAUGGGUCAAUCUGGAGUCAAUCAUGGUGUUCUUGGGUCAAGACAUUGAAAUUACGAGAAUGGCCUCGGUUUAUUGCCUUUAUUCACUCCCAGACUUACUGACCAAUACGUUAUUACAGCCCCUGAGGGUUUAUUUAAGGUCACAGGGGGUGACUAAACCCCAGCUGUGGUGUACCUUUGUGGCUGUGAUAUUCCACGUGCCACUAAAUUAUGUGCUUGUGGUGGUGCUGGGGCUGGGGGUACCUGGCGUGGCCAUGGCUUCGGUGCUAACGAACCUGCAUAUGGUGGUGCUUCUGGUGGGGUACGUGUAUGUCUGGGGGAGGUGGGAGUGGAAAUGCAUGGCUGGGAUGGGAGGAGGGAUCUGUGGUGGGGUGGGGCCGUUGCUGAAGUUGGCUGUGCCAAGUUGCAUUGGGAUAUGCUUGGAAUGGUGGUGGUAUGAGAUUGUGACAGUCCUGGCUGGAUACUUGCCCAAUCCUAGGCUUGCGGUGGCUGCCACGGGGAUACUUAUUCAGACCACUAGCCUUAUGUACACUGUUCCCAUGGCGUUGUCUGGCUGUGUCUCUGCCAGGGUGGGCAAUGAGCUCGGGGCGGGGAAGCCGUACAAAGCGAAGCUUGCUGCAAUGGUUGCGCUAGGCUGUGCAUUUGUUAUCGGAUUCGUCAACAUUAUUUGGACCGUGAUGUUUAGGCAUAAGUGGGGUGGCUUGUUCACAGAAGAUGACAUGCUCAAGGCUCUUGUUGCCUCAGUUUUGCCAAUCAUCGGGUUGUGCGAGCUUGGCAAUUGUCCACAGACCACUGGCUGUGGUAUUCUACGUGGUACAGCCAGGCCAGUGGUCGGUGCUCGUAUCAACCUUGGCUCGUUCUAUUUCGUGGGCACUCCUGUGGCUGUAGGCUUAGCCUUCUGGUUCCAUGUUGGCUUCAGUGGACUAUGGUUUGGGCUAUUAUCUGCUCAAGCUGCCUGUGCCAUCUCAAUUCUGUAUGUAGUGCUGGUCUGUACAGAUUGGGAAAGCGAAUCUUUAAAAGCCAAAAAGCUCACUAGCUUGGAGUUGACACAGAAGCAUGGUAAUGAUGAAGAGAAAGGACUUUUGAUGAAGCAGAAUGGACACACAGAAGAUGUUCCCUAAUUAAAAA